AUGGAUGUAGAAGAUGGAAUCGGGGUUUAUCCAGAUGAAAUGAGAGAUCUUUUGGACUCGAUUGAUCCAACAUUUUUACAAGAUAUCUGUGCAACUGAUGUUGAUGGCUUUUUUCCAUCUCCUCCUUUAACUGACUCCGAUGGUUCGGUGAAUGGUCGAAGAGAUUCGACUGCUUCCAGCUCUGGCUGGUCAAAUGAGGAACAGAGGAAUUGCCAAAUGAAUGGAUACCAACAAAAUCAGAUCAAAUCUCAGCCACCACUCGUCCUAAAUGACGUUUUCCCUUCACAUGACAACAAUCACAAUUAUCCAUAUUCGUAUGAGUUUGUUGAUGAGCCUCUUCACCCAUUUCCCUCACCCGUUGAAUCGUGUCCUAGUGUCUCUCCAACAAGAAUUUCUUCACCAUCUACCUCACAGUCCACUUACGUCUUUCAAGAAAUACCCGUCGUUCAUCAAAAGCUUAAACAACAAAUCGUCCUCACUGCACCGAAAAACGUGGAACCUCUUCGAGUGAUACUUGGAAAACCGGUAACAAUCACAAACGGGACAACAGUCUCUUCGUGUUUGACGGCACAACCAAUCUCUCUAAUCCCUCAAACACGGACACUCUCAGCUGAAGAGCAAAGAAAGAUACGAAAUCGACACUUUGCACAACAAUCAAGGGAAAAGAAAAAGAAGGCCCAGUUACAGAAAGAUGAGGAGUUGAUGAGGGUGACGAACGAGAAUGAGCAGUUGAGAAAAGAAAAUGUUCGACUUCGAGCCGAAAAUGCAGAAUUGAGAGCUCGUUGUGGAUUGGCUUCUUUAGAAGCUCCAAAUUUAAAUGCAAAGGGAGUGCGAGCGAUGAGAGCGAUGGCUGGUGGAACGAUCUUCGUUUUCGCUCUCGUUUUCACUGCCGGCAUUAUUUCGACACCUUUUGGAGCUCCUUCUGGGGAAUUUAAACCCGAAUCACCAUCAAGAACGCUGAAAGUUGAUGAGAAAUUCGUGAAAACCGUUGAGACUUUACAAACUGUUUUCAAUCAAUCCGCCAAUUCAACAGAUUUUCAAAUUCUUGGGAACAUGUUGGAUACAUGGGUUUCUCGACAUUCGGCUGCAAAUGGAGGAGUUGUUAGAUUUGGGAGCACUCAGCGAUUGUUGGUUAAUGAGACUGGAGUGAUGCCGAGAACUAGUUCCGGUGAACGAAAACGGGAGACAGCUCGGCAAAAAGCGAUUCGAGAUCGCGCUUGGAAACACCUCGACUUGAUUAACUCAAAUUCAACCGGAUCAUCGAUCAUCAAGAAUCACCCAGGAUCUCCAAAAAUGGCGAAUUUAAGCUAUGAGACGCCGCGUUUCGUUGAGCAUUCUCUCCCACCACGGAUCGAUGCCGAACUCUAUACAAAUUUGGCUCGAGCAGUGCAAAGAAGAAAAGAUACAUUGUAUCUAUUUGGUGGUCAGUACCUUUUGAUGCCAUCAGAUAUGAGAGAUCCACUUACUCAACCGAGACUUUCCCUUAUCGUGCCUGCCUUGGCCCCAAAUGCUACUGGAGGUGAUCCAAUUGUAUCAAUGUUACGAAUUGAUUGCAAUGUUCAAGCGACGAGUCUCUUUAACAUCCCAAGAGAGUAUAUUCUGUUU